UGUGGAGGAGGAGGAGGAAGCGGGGGAUGCUAUAAAAGUAACUCGCCGUGGCACAUGCACACUUGGGCGAAACUUCCCCGUCCGGGCAAAGAGGCGAUGGCAGGAGCUCGGGAGAGGAGAGGAUCGGCGGCGGCGGCGGGCUGGCCGCUUGGCAUCGCGGCGGAGCCCGAGGGGGGGAAGGAGGCGCUUUAGCAUCCUGCUGCCUCCCCUGUGCCCCCCUCCAAGCAGCCCCUCUCUGAUGCCGGCUAGGGCACAGCCAAGGUGACGCUCCCUGCCAGCUGGCGGCGGGCGCCCCGUCCUGCCCCGCAUCACACCUUCCCUCCCCAAACUUCGCAGCCCCUGGGACGUGCGCGGCUCCCUCCGGGCAGCAUGCGAGGCAAUGGGAGCGCGCUGAACGGCUCUUCCCCGCCGCGGGACGGGCUCACCUUGGACAGGCCCCCCUGGGUGGCUUCCACCUUGGCCGCCAUCCUCAUCUUCACCAUCGUGGUAGAUAUCCUGGGCAACUUGCUGGUGAUCCUGUCCGUGUACAGGAACAAGAAGCUGAGGAACGCGGGCAAUGUCUUCGUUGUCAGCCUAGCCAUCGCUGACCUGGUUGUGGCAAUCUACCCAUACCCUCUGGUCCUGACAUCUAUCUUUCACAAUGGAUGGAACCUGGGAUACAUCCACUGCCAGAUCAGUGGAUUUCUUAUGGGCCUGAGUGUUAUUGGAUCCAUAUUCAACAUUACUGGAAUUGCAAUUAACCGAUAUUGCUACAUCUGCCACAGCCUCAAGUAUGACAAGCUGUACAGCGACAAGAACUCUUUGUGCUACGUCAUCCUUAUUUGGGUCCUAACAUUUGUUGCCAUUGUGCCCAAUCUUUUUGUUGGGUCGCUUCAGUAUGAUGCCAGGAUCUUCUCAUGCACCUUCUCCCAGUCGGUGAGCUCAGCGUACACAAUAGCUGUUGUGUUUUUCCAUUUCAUGCUCCCAAUAGCCAUAGUUACAUUUUGCUACUUGAGGAUAUGGAUCCUGGUCAUUCAGGUACGGAGGAGAGUUAAACCCGACAACAAACCCAAACUAAAGCCACAUGACUUUAGGAACUUUGUCACCAUGUUUGUGGUAUUUGUACUCUUUGCCGUCUGCUGGGCUCCUUUGAAUUUUAUAGGCCUUGCAGUGGCUGUCAACCCAGAAACAAUAAUUCCCCGAAUUCCAGAGUGGUUGUUUGUUUCCAGUUACUACAUGGCAUACUUCAACAGCUGCCUUAAUGCUAUCAUCUAUGGACUUUUGAACCAGAAUUUUAGACGAGAAUACAAACGAAUUAUUGUGACAAUUUGUACAGCAAGAGUUUUCUUCCAGGACAGCUCAAAUGAUGCAGUCGACAGGAUGAAAAGCAAGCCCUCGCCACUGAUCACAAACAACAAUUUAGUCAAGGUUGACUCGGUGUGAAAAGAGAAACCUUGUUAACUGACAAUUUAUAGACACUCUGAUGCACUCAAAUGUCAAAUCUGUUAGCCUCAUGGUUCAAGCUCUGCAAUGAGACACUGGUCCUCUAAUGUACAAUUGCACUCAGAUGAGAUUAUAUGUAUAGUAUUUUUGAGCCAAAGUAACAGUUUUUAAGGUAAAGUUCCUCCUAUUGCA